ACUUUCCCUGUUGUUUGUUUACCAUGUCAGCUGGCGAGAGGAUAGCAUGCUGGCUAAGAUCCUGUUCCUUCUCGCCUCUGUAGCGCCUUUCCUCGUGCUCCUGCAGGGUUCCUGGGCCAGCGAGAAGGCCUUUAACAUCUUCCGGUAUCCUCCUAAUAACCUGGACAGGAAAUAUGGCCGGGUUUCCGAGCACGAGAGGAGAGAGUUGGCCAAUGCUACGAGGGCCAUGUUCUACUUCGGCUACGAGAACUACAUGAAGCACGCAUACCCUAAGGACGAGCUCAACCCCAUCUACUGCAGCGGGAGGGGGCCCGACUGGGAGAAUCCGUCCAACAUCAACAUAAAUGACAUCCUAGGGGAUUAUUCUCUGACGCUGAUUGACGCCUUAGACACACUCGCAAUUCUUGGAGAUGCCGUUGAAUUCCGAAGGGCUGUGCAGCUGGUUAUUGAGAAUGUCACCUUCGACAAGAAUUCAACGGUGCAGGUCUUUGAGGCUAAUAUUAGGCUUCUUGGAGCCUUACUGUCAGCCCACCUCCUCAUCCUUGACAAGAGCAAGCCCUUUGGAGACCUGGAGCCAGAAUGGUAUGAUGGGGAGCUCCUUGAGAUGGCAUCAGAUCUUGCCUCGAGACUGUUGCCAGCCUUCGACAAUUCCAAGACAGGCCUCCCUCACCCUAGGGUGAAUUUGCGUGAUGGUGUACCCAAGGGUAGUCGAACAGACACCUGCACAGCAGGAGCAGGAACUCUCCUAGUAGAAUUUGGAGUUCUUAGUCGCCUCAUUGGAGACCCAGUGUACGAGAUGUCAGCGCGGCGAGCUAACAAAGUAUUGUGGAACCUGCGGAAUGCAAAGACUGGGCUGUUCGGCAAUGUGGUGGAUGUGGACACGGGCAAGUGGAUGGGGGAGCUGAGUGGAGUGGGAGCUGGGUUGGACAGCUUCUACGAGUACCUCCUCAAGGCUUUCAUUCUCUUUGGGGAGGAAGAUGAUUAUUCAAUGUUCAAUGAGACUUACACACUUGUCAAGCAGUAUAUGAGGAGAGGUCGGCCGCACUGUAAUUCUGGGUUUGGCGAGCAUCCUCUGUAUGUGAACGUUGAUAUGAAGAAUGGAGGAACACAAACCACUUGGAUAGAUUCACUUCAGGCAGCCUUUGCUGGUGUGCAGGUUUUAGCCGGAGACAUGGAAGAGGCCAUUUGCACACAUGCCCUGUACUACACAAUAUGGAAGAAGUAUGGGGUUCUGCCUGAGAGGUUCAACUGGCAACGCAUUUCUCCGGAUGUGAUGUUUUACCCUUUGAGACCAGAGUUUGUGGAGUCAACUUAUCUGCUGUAUCAGGCCACACGCAACCCUUUCUACCUACAUGUGGGCAGAGAUAUCCUGACAUCGCUGAAUAACCUGACGCGGGCAGAGUGUGGCUAUGCUACCGUCCACUCAGUGCUUGACAUGACACUUGAGGAUCGCAUGGAGUCCUUCUUCCUUUCGGAGACUUGCAAAUACUUGUACCUUCUCUUCGACAUAGACAACCCAGUGAACUUGAAGUCUCACCAGUACAUGUUCACAACCGAGGGCCACAUCUUGCCCCUGGGACCUUGGCUGCGUAAGAAGAGAUGGGAUGUUGACCUCUUCCAAAAUGCCGAAACUGUGAUACAAGUCAAUGCUUCUCAUGCUUCUUGUGCAGCAAUAGAUAAAGAAAGAAUUUAUGGCCUACCAUUAAGAAGUCACUAUCUGGAGCAGAUCUCAGGAACACUUGGAGUUGAAUUAUGAUAAAGGAUCAUUUUAGCAUUGGAAGGCAGCCACAAAAGCCUAAAGAUAAUAUAAUAUGGUUAGUUUAAUGCUGGAAGUAAACAGAGGCUUUUGGGAAAAUGAAUGCAGUGGAAGUAAAACUGUAUAAUCUUAUCCAGGUCUUUUCUGACUGUAUGCCUGUAAUCAAAAUGUUUAAGGGUUUUAUGCCAACUCUGUCUCUUAAGCUUCUUAUACAUGCAUUAGGGUUUGUGUGUUACAUUGGCAGAUUUUUCAUGGUUGUACAGCAUGACACUUUUCGUUUUUGAAGUUGAUUUUCAUAUCUUUCUUUUUUUUCUUUUCAAGUUGGGGACCUUUUCUAAAACUUUCACACAUUCACAUCUUCAGUAAAACUUUUGAAAUUUUGCAACAUGUUUCCUCUUUGUCAUGAUUAUGUUAUUACCGUUGGUUGUGGUUCGUGAAGUGUUUAACUCUGUCAUAAUUUUCACACCAUACACAGGCAAUAUUUCGCCAAGUGCCUAAAGUAAGUAGGUCAGUAAACUUAAGUAACAUUUAUUUUCCUACCUGGACAAGAGGAAGUCGGAUAGAGUAUCAUGAAAAUACAUUAAUCGCUCAUCAUUCCAGUAUCUUUUAAGAAACCGUUGUAGCCUUUUUUAUAUGCCAAUAAUAAUAUAUCAUAUGCAAACCUUAGAUGUAAUGAGAGAUGUUUAAAACAUUUCAGAAAGGAGAUAGAAAUUUGGUGUGAGUUGUGUGAGUAAACUAUGAGAUUAAACUUGUGUGUUUUUUAUGGAUGUAAAGUAAAACUACAUAUUUUAUCCUGUGUUCUUUUUUGGUUUUGUAGUAAGGUCUUGAAUAUAAGAAAUAUAGUCUGAAAAUGGUAAGAAUGAAAUAUAUUGUAAGAAAUUAUGGUUAUCAGGCGUCCAAAGUUACUUUUUCAUUUUAUUUCAUUCUUCCUUUUAUUGGCACCGUUAUUACGUGUAUCAAAGUCCACUUCCCUGUGCCUGUUUACAUUUACAUUUACCUUUUCAUUUGCCAUUAUUUUUUCUUAUUACAAGUUCAUUCCAACAGAGUAAAGUCAACUGAUCCAGUCUGUUGACCUUUCAAAAGCAUGAAAGUGAUGCAACUGUCCGGGAAAUUCAUAUUAUUGCAUGCAGCCUUCUUGGUCAUAAUGUAAGCACCUAGAAACAGAUAUUUGUUUUAUAUCAUUCCAGGUAUUUUAAUAGCUAUCGAAUGAGAUGAGCUAAGAUUUUGUGUUUGCGAAGAUUUGUGAGUUCAAUUUUGAACAAAGGUAUAUAUGCAUAUGCCAACCUUUUAUUUCCAGUAAAUAGAUCAGUGAUGUGAAAGUGGUUAUAAAAGUUA